AUGAAAAAAAAUUGGCAAUUGUUAUUGGAUGCCAUAUCCAUAACUCCAUUUUCAUUGGUUUAUCUAAUACUCGAACAAAAUCCGAAUCUAACGGAUUUUCUCAUUUACAGAUUAUUCACUUUGCUUAGAUUGUACAGAUGUUUUUCCGACAUAGGUUAUCACGAAUCCGUUGAAUUGUAUUAUUGGAGUUUGGUUUUUUUCGGUUUUGCAUUUUCACUUUACGUGAGCAUAAACGCAAACGCUUCCGAAUGGGUUAUAUUCGUGUCGAAACAAGAUCAUUUUGAUUUGGACAUCGUCGAUUGGAACUUGACAUCCGUCAAUAAAUUCAUUGUCGCCAUGUAUUAUUCGAUAACUACGAGUUUUAACGUAGGUUUCGGCGACAUAGUACCCAACAGUCAAAAUGAAGUCAUAACCAUAUUGAUGAUAAUGUUGUUGGGUUUUAUCAUGUUGACCGGUAUAUUACCCGGUAUAAUAACAAUAGUUUUAGCAAAUAAAGAAUCCGAAAGGGAAGAUUUCAGGAGCGAAUACGAGUACACCAUGUACAUACUCAAGAGAAACAAAAUACAAAAAAAAGUCAUAGAUAAAAUAUCGAACAAUUUACAAAUUUUUUGGGAUUAUAGAAAAGGAGUGACGUCAACGAAUAUAAAAGAAUUGGUACCUUGGUCGUUGAGAAGAGAAAUUUUCUACGAUAUUAAUUUUGGAUUUUUAAAUAGAUCGUUGAUUUUUUCAUUGCAACCGAGAUCGUUUUUAAGAAGCGUGUCUUUACUUAUGACAAAUAUAUCUUUCUUACCGGGUGAUAUCGUUAUUGAACCUUACGAAAUGAGCGAAGCCAUGUUGUGUAUAGCAUCCGGAGUUUUGGAAAUACUUUCAGAAGAAAAUGACGAAACGCCACUUUUAUCAUUUACAGCGGGUACUAUAUUAGGAGAAGCAUCACUUUUUCUUACAAUUCCAAAUAAAUAUAUAAUCCGUGCUUCGACAUUUCUCGAACUUCAGGUACUACCUAAAAAAGAAUUUUCAAAAAUUGCAUUGAUACAUCCGGAAAUCUACAGGUCCAUGAGAUCGGAAAUAUUACACAGGAUUAAUUUUAUUGCUAAAAACGAUCAAAAUAAAUUCGUCAACAGCAAUUUAGAUCCGGAUGUUCAAAUGACGGUGAGAAGAAAAGUAUUGAAAAAUUUACAAAACAAAAUUAAUAACAAUGAAAAAAAUGAUGAUAACACUAUGAUAAGUUCAUUCAAAACAAACGUUCUCAAUUUGUACGUCGUUUGUGAAAAUAUAACCCGAAUAAAAUUAUUACCUCUGAGCGUAUCGAAAAGUAAACCCUACAUAUUGAGACCCAACACUCCCGUAUUGAAAUAUUGGAGAUUUUUCAUAGUCGUUUCCGUAUCCAUAAUUUUCAACGUGUAUCCCUUUUGGGCGAGUUUCAAUCAAAGAAAAUCAGUAUUCAGGGGGUCGGUAGCAUUUUUUAUGUAUCUUGUUUUUGUUGCCGAUUUAUUCAUUCAAUGUGUGACGGCGGUUCAAAGACCGGAUAAUUUUACUUUUGAAACAUCAAUUAAAUACAUUGUGGCACAAAAAUUAAGGACUGCCGGUUUUUAUUUAGAUGUUAUUGCGACAUUUGAUUUAACAGCUUAUUCGAAUUUCGCAUCGGAAGACAACGAAGAAUAUGCACUUUUUUUACUCUUAUUAAAUCGAACGCUUAAAUUUUGGCAAGUCGUUAAAUAUUUUCAAGACCUCGAAAACAAUUUCACAAUAAAUAUAUACAUUUUGAGAAUCUUCAAAUAUUUUUUUUACUACGUAUCAAUGCUCACUUGGGCGGCUUCAAUUCUUCACUUGGAAGGAUGUCCAAAGCGUAUAUGCGAUCCGCAAAGGUGGUUUGCACGAGUGGAAGCCGAAGAAGUUGAAAAAAGAUUUGCGUCGCCGAAAACGGCAUGGCCUCACGUUGUCUCAUUUUAUUGGGGAAGCGUUAUUUUGACCGGAUUGGGUUUCGGUGACAUAACACCUAAAACAAUAAGCGACAUAUUGGUUGUUUUGCUAUGUAUAUUUUCGGGUACCGCAUUAAUCAUUUUCUGUUCGGCUGAAGCUGCCGUCACCAUCAAAUUCAGUCAAAGGAGUAGGAGAAGAUUUGAAAAACAAGUAUUGCAAGUCACGCGUUUUAUGAUAGAUCACGAAAUAUCCGAGGAACUUCAAAAUAGAGUUAAAAAUUAUUUUAGAACUCAGUGGGUAUACGAUCACGGGUACUCAAUAAUCCAACAAGAAUAUUUAGAAAAAAUGCCGACGCAACAAAGAGAAAUCAUACUAACGCAAUUAUUAAAAAAAUUUUUAAGCGUUCCUAUAUUUCAUGCGGCCAACGUAAACUUUUUACGAUUUUUAGCAAAAUCAUGCAAAAUGAGAAUUUUACCACCCCACGAAGUUGUCACUUACAUCGGUAGUUUAGCAUCCGAAUUAUACAUAUUAGAAAAUGGAUACUGCGAAGUCACGUCACCCACGGGAUCGAAAAUCGUUAUCGGUCCCCAAACGGGUUUCGGAUACGUCGAAAUGCUUUUGAGUUCAAAAUUAAAUAUAAACGUAAUGACUCUCACCCAUUCGAAAAUAAUAAGUUUAGAUUACGCGGCAUUUUUAAGAGGUAUGACGAGGUAUUCGACGGUUAAAGCGGAAAUAGAAGCCGAAAUGGAACAACUUCUCAGGAACACGGAUACGGACGAUCGUCAAAAUUUAGGUUUUAAUUUGUUAUUGAAAUAUUCAAAAGGAAACGAACGUAACACUUUUAUUAUGUUCAAAGAAUGCAUAAACAUGCAUCGCUAUUGUAAAAAUCAACCCACGCCCACGAGCUAUUGGGAACCGUUUAAAAAAUGGGGAAAAUUUCGAUUUUUUCAAUUUUUACUAUUACCCAUUGUCAUAAGUCCACAAAGUCGGUAUUUAAAAAUUUGGACAUGCAUACGAAUAGUUUCCAUAUUCAUUUUGUGUUCGAUAGCUCCCUUAUAUUUCUGUUUACCCGUACACAGUCUUCGUUUAGAAGUAACCAUUUAUAUGAUCGUUUUUUUAUCCUGGUUAGAUAUUUAUAUAAUGUUUCACGUGGCUUACUACGAUACAAACGGUUUACUCAUGUAUCACCCGGCAAAAACUUCCCUUCAUUAUUUAAAAGGUAGCUUCCUGUUGGAUUUCCUUACCUCUUUUCCAUUGUACUGGCUAACUCAAAGUUUAUAUCCCAUCGCAAAUAAUUCUCCAUUGGCUUUAAGUAAAGGUUUGGGUUUUAUAAUGGUUUUACAAUUUUAUAAAUUCCUUCAGGGUUGUAAAUAUUUGGAAAGGGAUGCUUUGAGACCUUUAUCAGCAAUUAAAAUAUUAAAAUUUCUUCCCCUAUCAUUAAUUAUAACGAACGUUAUAACGGGUUUUGUUAUUUUACUCCAAUGUCAAAUCACUUUACCCAAAUCAGAAGAUUUAUCAAAAGUUUUAAUGAGAGAAUUUACUGAACAUUUAGAACUUUUUUGUAAGCCGAGAUCAAGAGAUCAAAAUAGGAUAAAACGUAAUAGAAAGAAAUACUUUAGAUUUUAUGUUUUGUCUUAUUAUUGGGUAACAACAACAUUGACAACAACCGGAUUUGGCGAUUUGGUACCACACAGUAAAGAACUCAUGCUAAUUAUUAUUUUAGUUAUAAUCGUUGGAAUAUUUUUAUACGGGUACAUUAUUUGUCAAAUAACCGGUAGCAUGAUGGUUGCGAAUAAUGAAAUUAUUCAAUAUAGAAGAGGGAUUUUGGAUAUGAUUUUUUUUCUCAAACAAGCCAAAGUUAACAGAGAUAUUCAAGAUCGUUUGAUUUUUCAUUAUCAAUACAAUUGGUUGAGAACGGAAGGAGGAAGUCCGGAAAUGACGUUGACGUAUUUAAAUGCCGCAUUGAGAGAAAGCAUCGUUGCCGAUAUGUACGAAGAAGUUUUGAGAAAAAUCCCAGGUUUUCGUAACAUGGAAAAAUCCGUUAUUAAAGUCAUGGGAAAAUACAUGAAAGAAUUAUAUUUUUUACAAGGGGAAAACAUUGUUAAUUUAGACGACGUCCAAGAAGACAUUUAUUUGUUGUACCGUGGAAAAGUUAAUAUCGAUUAA